ACCUGUGUUUCAUGUUGCAGAUCUGUGUAUCACCUGACUCAACUGUGUGUGCCACAUCUGAUCGAGACCAAAGGCUCCAUCGUCAACGUAUCCAGCGUCAAUGGACAGAGAUCGUUCCCUGGUGUUUUGGCUUAUUGCAUGUCCAAGUCAGCCAUUGACCAGUUCACACGUUGUAUAGCACUUGAGCUGGCGUCAAAGCAAGUCCGAGUGAACUCUGUCUGUCCUGGUGUGAUCAUCACAGACGUCCACAAGAGAGCAGGGCUGGAUGAGGAGCAGUACGCUCAGUUUCUUGCCAAGUGUAAGCAGACCCACGCUCUGGGACGGCCAGGCGAGGUGGACGAAGUGGCCCACAGCAUCGCCUUCCUGGCAUCUGACGCCGCCAGCUUCAUCACCGGAGUCAACCUGCCCAUCGAUGGGGGUCGCCACGCUAUGUGCCCGAGAUAAAUCAACAUACGGAAAUCUGCUAAUAUAGUACUUUCAAACUUCAA